UGGGUGUGUAUAAAUAACAAACAACUCCCGCCUCGUUGGCAAUAUGCACAAAAUAACUUCGUGGCAAUACAUCACAUGUCCGUGUAGGCAUUCGAAGGGACUUUCUCCGCGAACGGAGUAUGUAUGGUGAUACUUCCGGACAUUCCUUCCAUAAUUACUUGGUCGUGUAAGGGGUACGAACAGGAAGAAACGACUGAUGAAUACGUGAACUUGUGUCGGAUACCGAUGGAAUUCAGGUUAGAAUUCAACAAUUGGAAAUCAGGACAGAAGAGAAAGUCUUUUUUGAUGAGGCAUUAGUAUAGAACUAGCUAGUAGUCAAUAAACCUACGGUCGACCGACACUGGAGUGAAAUUUUCUUGCUAUCCUUGGUGUUCACAAGGAUAUUUAUUUUCACUAAAAUGUCUGUAAAUAAUGUCACCGCAAAUUUAUUGAGAAGAAGUAACGCAGUAUCGUCGAUAUUAUAUAAUCAAUACAAGGUGAUCGGUACCCAAGGAAGACAGUUUCAUGAAACUGAGGGAAAUAGAUUUGCUGUCAAAACUGCGACUAAUCCAAAACCUGACUGGAAUAGAGCUGUAUCUGAGGCUGAAAAGAUAGUCGGAUAUCCGACAUCAUUUUUGAGCUUGAGAUGGCUUCUGAGCGACGAGAUUGCCAAUGUUGCUCUUCAUUUAAGAAAGUUAGUCGGAUCUAAUCAUCCCCUUCUGAAAACAGCCAAGAGUCUCAUAUAUAAUGGCCGCAAUAAUAUGCAGGCUUGGGGCCUCAUUGUACUUUUAAUUUCGAAAGCAGCUGGUCAUUUAAGUGUUGAUGAUAUGGAGGAGGACAAAGCUGCCGGAGUCUUACAUAGUCAGAGAGCAUUAGCUGAGGUUACGGAAAUGAUACGGACGAGUCAUCUUGUUCAUAAGGGUUUGGUAAAUAUUCAACCUGGAGUUUAUCCAGAGGCAUCUGAAAUGAAUGAUAUGACUUUCGGUAACAAAAUAGCCCUCUUGAGUGGUGAUUAUCUUCUGGGUAACAGCUGCGCAGAGUUAGCUGCACUCAGAAAUCAAGAUCUUGUUGAACUGAUGUCAAGUGCAGUUCGCGAUUUAGCAGAAGCUGAAUUUGUUGGGCGAAGAGAUAAUCAGAAUAAUCCGUUACCAUCUAUACCACCUGCAGACCGUACUGGAUAUGCAGUUACCGAAUGGACACUAAGGAAUGUUCUGAGUGCUGGUGCUUUGCUCGGAAAGUCUUGUCAGGGAACUUUGAAGCUGGCUGGUCAUAGCGAUGAAAUACAGGAGCAAGGCUAUAAUUUUGGAAAACAUUUAGCACUUGCCUGGCAGGCUUGCUUAGACUUGGGUCCAUUUACUGGUAAAGAUCAAACUGUACCAUUCAGUUUGUGCUCUGCACCAGUCAUGUUUCAUAUCGAACAUGAUCCCACUAUUUUAACUGAAAUUGAUAAAGGACUGGAAUCUGUUCAGAACGUGGACUACACCAAGGUACAUGAUAUUAUUGUGUCAGGACCUGGUGUUGAACUGACAAAACAGUUACAAAAAGAGCACUCGCAGCGUGCUAUGGAAGUAUUAGCUGUAUUUGAAGAAAGUGACGCAAGAACAGCAUUGUCAAAUAUCAUUGUUGCAAUGGGAGAUUUUUGACGAGAAUUAUAUCAAACGAGCAGUGAGUCUUGAGAUGUAGUUAGCCCAGAAAUCAGUUCUUCCGAUCCGUCCAUUGUUAAGUUUGAAUAAUAUUAGAUAUGAAAUACAUACACUACAGAGUGUUAAAAUUUAGGAUUUAGUAUAUAAUACUAAAAAAUCUUCGUGAGUAUUACUAUUGGUAUCAUUAAAUGUAAUUGAAUGGUGCAAUUACAUCGCGUUUCUAUUAACACAUUUAUAUUAUUAUUGUUAUUAUUAAUAUAUGGUAGUGGAACAAACGCAUGCAUUGUACUGAAGUAUUAUAAAGAUCAAAAUCGCGAUAUUUUAUAGAACAAAUGAACCAAUCAACUUGUUCACUCCAAUGAAGAAAUUUAUAUUUUUAUUACUUUUUCUUGAGAUUUAUAUACUUAUCUGUAUCUCUAUAUUUUUCCAAGAGGUAUUUCUGGUUUAAUUAAGAAUCUUCCUCCAAGCACAAUUGUACAUUAAUGUAUUUAUUAACCACGAAAAUACCUUCUUUGGUAAAGAAAUGUAUACAUUCAAUUAUUCUAUACAAAAAAACGAUUUCACACAUACAUUAUUCAUACAUAAAUAUCCUCAUCCUUCAACAAAACAUUCAGAAACAUACUAAUGCCAAAUACAUGUCUGUUAAAUCCCCAAUUAAACAUGCGGCCAAGUGGUGGGAUUUAACUUUUCUGAGGUAGGUCUGGUCCUAUCAUAUAAUUUAUAUUCCGGUUUUACUGUGGUGUCAUCUCGGUUAAUGGUUUUUCAACAAACCUUUCCUUAUCCAGGACGUCCUAACAUCGUCUUUGCCUCUAUAGGCAGAACGAUAUGUACAAUUGUUCCAUGUAUCAGCUCUACCAAAUUCAAAGAUUUUGUUUCUCGUGUCAUGCCAUGUGUCGGGUACAGCUAAGUACUCACCGAAAUCAUAACAUGAAUAAGAGCGCUUGUCAAUAAUUUGCUCUUUUUUGGUUCUCAAUGCCAUUAUCAAAGCACGAUCAUCAGUGAAUUCCUGAACUGGUCCGCAUUGACAGACUUCUCGUUCUAGGUAAGCCG